AUGGGCUCGCCAAUAGCACCAGUUGCGGCUAAUAUAUUUAUGGAACACUUCGAGGAGGAGGCGUUGAAGCAUGCACCUUUUAAACCCAGAUACUGGUGGAGAUACGUAGACGACGUGUUCGCUAUAGUUCCCAGACAGGCCGUCACUCAACUACUAAACCAUUUGAACGACGUACAUCCAAAAAUCCAUUUUACUACGGAGGAGGAAAAUGAAGGAACUCUCCCAUUCUUGGACGUACUAGUGAAGCGGGAACCUAGUGGUGAUCUGGUACAUACCGUGUAUAGAAAGCCUACACACACGGAUCGGUACUUGAGGGCGGACUCUCAUUACCAUCCAUGUCAGCUAUCUUCAGUGCCGCGCACGCUUAUAAGUCGCGCAAUACGUUUAUGCGACACUCAAUUCCUGCAGGCUGAAUUGACGCACGUACGGCACGUAUUAGAGAGCAAUGGAUACAACUGGCGACAGAGUUACCGAAUAGCGAACACGACCAGCAAACCACGGCCUCAGGUUGCAGAGCGGGUCCCGGUCUAUUUACCAUUUAUGAGAGGGGUUACGGACAAAAUUGGACACCUGUUACGCCGUAGGUUCAGCAUCAGGACAAUUAUCCGCCCCAUGACACAGAUCAGACAACUUCUACGAUCUCCAAAGGACUGGGAUCCCCUAGAUAGUCCUGGUGUCUACGAGAUCCCGUGCGACUGUGGUAAAAGUUACGUCGGCGAAACGGGGCGCAAUAUAAAGUCGAGACUCUCUGAGCAUAUCCGCAGUAUGCGUAAAUUAGACGGCAACACCUCGGCGGUUGCGGAUCACGCUCUUAACUCCGGAACCUCGCAUUAUAUUAGGUUCGACAAAGUUAAAGUGCUGGCCCGUGAGAGGAACUUCGUGUCUCGGAAGCUUCGGGAGGCUAUUGAAAUAGGUCGUCGAAUGACGCAUCUCCGAAUUUCAAUUUUCGAUACGGCGUUCAAAUUGUUUACAAAGGCCAGCCAUUCCUUUCUUACGACAUAA